UGCUGCCUUAGUAGGCUUCCAACAAUCUGCACCCGAAUUGGGCACCCCAAAAGAUCUAACUAUCUAGCCUGUCGACCACAUAUCACAAUACAGCUUUCUGCCUUGUAUCGGCAAUCAAGCUGGCUAAAUAUGGCUCUAUUACGUCCUGAACCGCCAGUUCGAUUUGGGCCCGCUGGAAAACUCCUGUCUGGGCGAACUUUGUGGAUGGACACAUGAACGAGGAGCUGAAGCAGAUGCUUCUUGCGGACAUUCGCUCAUUCCUCGACCCGAAAGCGCGAGCCUGGUACGCUAACCGGGGGAUACCCUACCGGCGAGGGUACCUCUUAUAUGGUUGCCCUGGAACUGGAAAGUCGAGCCUCAGUAUGUCCAUCGCCGGCUGUUUCGGGCUGGACAUUUACGUACUUAGUCUUGCCGGCAUCAACGACGUGCAACUUAGUGCCUUGUUCACCGAGCUUCCUCAACGUUGUGUCGUCUUACUUGAAGAUUUCGACGCAGUCGGAACGACACGAUCCCGGGAGACCGACACUGAUGAGUUCGACUCUCGAUCAGAGGCAUCACGAGGUUCAUCCAAGACGCCCGGGACUCUUUCGUUGUCUGGACUCUUAAAUGUCCUCGACGGCGUGGCUUCGCAGGAGGGGCGUGUUCUCAUCAUGACGACAAACCACAUAGAGCAUCUAGAUGAUGCUCUGAUACGACCUGGCCGCGUCGACAGGAAAAUCGAGUUCCAACUUGCCGGUUCCGAUGUUAUCACAAAGCUGUUCCGUACUGUAUUUGAACAGUCAGAAGAGGAGCUGCCUGAUGUGGAGCAGCGAGCCAAGAACAACCAGGAAGUUCAGCGGUUGGCGAUUGAAUUUGUAGGCGUGGUACCCGAGUUGGAAUUCAGUCCAGCUGACAUCCUUUCUUUCCUUCUCGCAAACAGGGGCUCUCCCCCGGGUGCUUUGAGCAACGCGGAGAGAUGGGUUUCCCAAACCAAAAAGAAAGUAGGGCUGAGACGAAAUACCUCUUGGGUUCACAGUAAUUGAGCUCGGGGCGUGCUGCACAUACACUUCUUAGUGCUUUUGGAUUCGUAA